AUGGGAGAGAAGAUGGAGGCGAAGACGGGCAAGUUGGUGGACGAAAAGGGUGCUAUCAAAGCCAGGAUGCUCAACGUCGUCACUCUGCCUGAAAUCCCUAUUACAAAGCCCAUCCUGCCUGAGAUUAUCUGCGAAGUCGAUACGGACUCUGCUUCUGACUAUGACCGUGAAACUGACAAUGAUUCUCCUCCGCUUCCAGCCACGUCUAACGGUAUCCCGACUCCUACUCGGCCUUCGCCAGCUCCCCCUUCGCCCCAUGUCUCUCCGCACGUCGAACGCAGCAACCCCAUGGGCCAGGGAGUGGCUCAGACGGUCAGCUCAAAGGACCCCAAGGCCGCUGCCCAGGCUGCCAGUGACAUGAAGAACGUCGUUCGCCGGAAACUCGCCGGCUACGUUGGCUUUGCGAACCUGCCAAACCAGUGGCACCGCAAGAGUGUACGAAAGGGAUUCAACUUUAACGUCAUGGUCGUUGGUGAGUCCGGUCUUGGAAAGUCUACACUGGUCAACACUCUUUUCAACACAUCCCUAUACCCACCACGGGAACGUACCGGCCCAAGCCUCGAUAUCAUCCCCAAGACCGUCUCUGUCGAGUCCAUCAGCGCAGAUAUCGAAGAGAACGGUGUCCGUCUGCGUCUGACCGUUGUCGACACCCCCGGAUUCGGUGACUUUGUCAACAACGACGACUCCUGGCGCCCAAUCGUCGAGAACAUCGAGCAGAGAUUCGACGCUUACCUUGAUGCCGAGAACAAGGUCAACCGCAUGAACAUUGUCGACAACCGUGUCCAUGCCUGUGUUUACUUCAUCCAGCCAACCGGCCACUCCUUGAAGCCAUUGGACAUCGAGGUCAUGCGUCGUCUUCACACCAAGGUCAACCUGAUCCCGGUCAUCGCCAAGGCCGACACCCUUACCGAUGAAGAGAUUGCUCUCUUCAAGCAGAGACACCACUCGAUCCAGAUCUUCGAGGGACCCCGCUACGAGCUCGAUGACGAGGAGACCAUUGCCGAGAACAAGGAGAUCAUGUCCAAGGUCCCCUUCGCCGUCGUUGGUGCCAACUCUGAGGUCACCAACAACGAAGGCCGCAAGGUCCGUGGCCGCCGCUACCCCUGGGGUGUCAUCGAGGUCGACAACGAGGAGCACUGCGACUUCGUCAAGCUCCGCCAGAUGCUCAUCCGCACGCACAUGGAGGAGCUCAAGGAGCACACCAACAACACCCUGUACGAGAACUACCGUUCCGACAAGCUCACCCAGAUGGGUGUCACCCAGGACCCCAGCGUCUUCAAGGAGGUCAACCCAGCCGUGAAGCAGGAGGAGGAGCGCGCCCUGCACGAACAGAAGCUCGCCAAGAUGGAGUCCGAGAUGAAGAUGGUCUUCCAGCAGAAGGUGCAGGAGAAGGAGAGCAAGCUCAAACAGUCCGAAGACGAGCUAUUCGCCAGACAUCGCGAGAUGAAGGAGCAGCUCGACCGACAGCGCCAGGAGCUAGAGGAGAAGAAGGCCCGCUUGGAAAGCGGACGGCCGCUGGAAGACAAGAUAAAGAGAAAGGGAUUCUCUCUCCGUUAA